CUCCUUUUUGGUUUCAACCGGCGUAGAGGAAGUAGCGUGACGGGUAUCUGAAGCGGUUAAGAGAAUAAUAUUUGAUCAUAGAGCAAAUCAUCUAUGGCUCUUCAUCUCACAUUUUUAUGUGCCAAAGCUUUCUUCUGUUGUCAGUCCCCUGUGAAAAACGCAACAAGCAUGGACUCUUCACUGACUGCUGCACAGAUCCGUGAGAAGUUCAUAGACUUCUUCCGCCGCCAUGAGCACCAGUAUGUCCACUCGUCAGCCACCAUUCCACUGGACGACCCCACGCUGCUCUUCGCCAAUGCCGGGAUGAACCAAUUCAAGCCCAUUUUCCUGAACACCAUUGACCCGUCCCACCCGAUGGCCAGACUCCGUCGUGCUGCAAACACACAGAAGUGCAUUCGUGCCGGCGGCAAACACAAUGACCUCGAUGAUGUGGGCAAAGACGUGUACCAUCACACCUUCUUUGAGAUGUUGGGCUCUUGGUCCUUUGGAGAUUACUUCAAGCACCUGGCCUGCAAGAUGGCACUGGAGCUGCUGACGCAGGAGUUUGGCAUACCUAUCGAACGACUCUAUGUGACUUACUUUGGUGGUCAUGCUGAUGCAGGCCUGGAGCCUGACCUGGAGUGUAAGCAGAUCUGGCUAGACCUGGGAAUGGAGGAGAGCCGUAUUCUGCCUGGCAGCAUGAAGGAUAAUUUCUGGGAGAUGGGGGACACUGGUCCAUGUGGGCCGUGCAGUGAGAUCCACUAUGAUCGCAUUGGAGGCAGAGAUGCUGCACACCUGGUCAACAUGGAUGACCCGAAUGUGCUUGAAAUCUGGAAUCUGGUGUUCAUCCAAUUCAACAGAGAAUCAGAGACCGUGCUAAAGCCUCUGCCCAAGAAGAGCAUCGACACAGGGAUGGGACUUGAGCGCUUGGUCUCUGUUUUACAAAACAAGAUGUCCAACUACGACACUGACCUCUUCGUUCCUUAUUUUGAAGCCAUUCAGAAGGGCACAGGUGCCAGGGUAUACACAGGAAAGGUUGGCGCAGAAGACACAGAUGGCAUCGAUAUGGCUUACCGUGUCCUGGCUGAUCAUGCCCGCACCAUUACAAUCGCCUUGUCUGAUGGUGGCAGACCUGACAACACUGGCAGAGGGUAUGUGCUAAGGAGGAUUCUGCGUCGUGCUGUACGAUACUCUCAUGAAAAGCUGGGUGCACAGAGGGGCUUCUUUGCCUCAUUAGUUGAUGUGGUGGUUAAGUCCCUGGGUGAUGCUUUUCCAGAGCUGCGGAAAGAUCCUGAUAUGGUGAAGGAUAUAAUCAAUGAGGAAGAGGCACAGUUCCUUAAAACCCUCAGCAGGGGACGUCGCAUCCUAGACCGCAAGAUCCAGAGUCUCGGAGACAGCACGACUAUACCAGGUGACACAGCCUGGCUUCUGUACGACACCUAUGGCUUUCCUCUGGAUCUCACUGCCCUGAUUGCUGAGGAAAGAGGAAUGGGGGUUGAUCUGCUGGCAUUUGAGGAAGAGAAGAAAGCUGCUCAGUUGAAGUCUCAAGGCAAAGGCUCUGGAGAUGAGGACCACAUCAUGCUGGACAUCUACGCCAUUGAAGAGCUCAGAAAUAAAGGUGUCGCUGCCACAGAUGAUGGCCCCAAGUACAAGUACACUUCCGAUGAUAAUGGCAACUAUGAGUUUGAACAGGCGGUGGGCACAGUGUUGGCACUCAGGAGAGAGCGUAUGUUUGUGGAUGAGGUGACCACCGGUCAGGAAUGUGGCGUCCUGCUCGAUAAGACCUCGUUUUAUGCUGAACAGGGUGGCCAGAGUUUUGAUGAAGGCUACAUGCUUCGAGAAAAUGACUCUGCUGAGGAUAGGAUGGAGUUCACUGUGAAGAAUACACAGGUGCGUGGAGGAUACGUGCUACAUAUUGGUACGGUUUACGGCACACUAAAGGUUGGAGAUCGCCUGACUCUACAUGUAGAUGAGGCUCGUCGUAGGCCCAUUAUGAGUAACCACACAGCCACACACAUCCUGAACUUCGGCCUGCGUUCAGUGCUUGGAGAAGCGGAUCAGCGAGGCUCUUUGGUUGCUCCAGACAGGCUGCGCUUUGACUUCACAGCUAAAGGUGCAAUGAGCACAGAUGAAGUGCGACGUACAGAAGAGAUCGCAGCUGCCAUGAUUGCAGACGCCAAGGGGGUUUAUGCUUUGGAUGCUCCUCUUGCUGCAGCUAAAGCCAUCCAGGGUCUGCGGGCCGUGUUUGAUGAGACGUACCCUGAUCCUGUGAGAGUGGUGUCUAUUGGUGUCCCAGUGGAGGAACUGCUGGCCGACCCAAGCAGCCCUGCAGGAUCACUCACCUCCAUCGAGUUCUGCGGUGGAACGCACCUGCAGAACUCAAGUCACGCUGCACCGUUUGUGAUUGUGUCAGAGGAGGCCAUUGCUAAAGGAAUCAGGAGGAUUGUGGCAGUGACUGGAGCAGAGGCUCAGAAGGCCCAGAGGAAAGCUGAUGCGCUGAAGCUGGGUCUUGAUGCUCUUGCAGAGAAAGUGAAGGCUCAGAGCAUCCCAAACAAAGACGUUCAAAAGGAGAUCGCUGAUAUGACAGAGUCUCUUGGCACUGCAGUGAUCUCUCAGUGGCGCAAAGACGAGAUGAGGGAAUCUCUGAAGGGUUUGAAAAAGAUCAUGGAUGACCUGGAUCGUGCCAGCAAGGCUGAUGUGCAGAAGAGGGUUCUGGAAAAAACAAAGGAAAUCAUCGAUAGCAACCCUAACCAGCCUCUGAUCGUGAUGGAGAUGGAGAGUGGAGCGUCUGCAAAGGCUUUGAAUGAGUCUCUGAAGAUGCUGAAGACAAAUUCACCACAGACCGCUGCUAUGCUUUUCACCGUGGACAAUGAUGCGGGAAAGAUUAUCUGCUUGUGCCAAGUGCCUCAGGAUGUUGCAAACCGAGGCUUAAAGGCCAGCGAGUGGGUUCAGGAAGUUUGCCCUCUGCUGGAUGGAAAAGGAGGCGGUAAAGAAAUGUCCGCACAGGCCACAGGCAGAAACACACAAUGCAUACAGGAGGCUCUGCAGCUGGCAUCUGAGUUUGCCCGGCUCAAACUAGGUGAAAACUAAGAGCCAAGAUUUGAAUUUAGUGUUAAUGGGUCAAAUCUGGAAAGAAGUCCUUUAGUUUAGUCUUAAUCCCCCUCCUGUCCUGUUCCAGCUCUGCCUGCUGAAUUUUCGAACAGGACAUUCCAGGCUGGAAAAAUGUAAAAACUGUACAGAAAUGUA